AUGUUUGAUGUAUUUCCACAAAGAAAAGGAAAAGUGGAGGAGGAGGAGGAGUGCUACUUGACAAUUCAUUCGUUUUUGCUUGUAGCUAUUGCAAGUAGAAAGGAACAGGCGGUGGUGGUGGCGGUGACAGCAAUGACAGUUCGUGGAGUUUCGAUUCGAGAUGGCGAGAUGAAAGGUGCCGACGGAUCAACAUUUCUUGAAGUAACUAUUGCUACUGUGUUGUUGUCGCUGCCAAUAAUAUAG